AUGACAACCAACCUCGCCUCUGUAGCUGGACCCAGCAGGCAACAACCAAAAUCGGAGCGCAUCUUCCCUUCCGACUCAGGGGCAAACUCUCCACCAGAUGAACUGCGCUCGACCGUCUCCGUCUCAAAACCAGGCCUCAGCGUGGGCGAGAAUGGCGAGGUCAUAAAGGUCCCCGCCUUCCUCAACAAGCUCUUCAGCAUGGUGUCUGAGCCCGAGACAGAUAACUUGAUAUAUUGGGCCGAUUCUGGCGACUCAUUCUUUGUUCCCAAUCACGAGCGGCUCGCCGAGGAAUUACUACCACGCUUCUUCAAACACCGCAACUUUUCGUCCUUUGUGCGCCAGCUCAACAUGUACGGAUUUCACAAGGUACCACACCUCCAAUCGGGCGUGCUCAAGAACGAGUCGCCGACCGAGUUAUGGGAGUUUGUCAACCCGUUCUUCAAGAGAGACCAACCACAGCUCUUGUCCCGGGUCAUGCGCAAGAAUAACCGUCCAGCGGUGGUGCCACCGACUCAGGGCGGCUCGACCGGAACUCGGUCAUCGGCUCGGCAAGCAGCAGCGAAUGCUCAGAUAGGCACAGGAUAUCCCGGCGUUCAUCUUCUCACCGACGGCACCACCGAGGGUGAGGCCGGUCCGCUGGUUGGGCCCACAGCGCAGUUAGCAGACCUGCAUGCUAUCCAAACGGGCAUCAAUGCGAUACGACAGACGCAGGCUGCGAUCGGCGCCGACCUCAAGGCGCUUCAGGCUUCCAACGAGCAUCUUUGGCGCGAGGCUCUCGAGUCGCGGGAGCGCCAGCAGAAGCACGAGGAGACGAUUGACCUGAUCGUGUCGUUUCUUGAGAGGCUGUUCGGCACCGAGGGCGAGGGCCUCAAGGGGCUCAAGGAGGCAAUGAGACGCGGUGUAGGUCCAAACCGCAACGCACGCGCGCGCGAGGACAGCACUUCGGAGGAGACGGCCGCAGCCAAGCGCCGCCGACUCAUGAUCGAAGACGGGCGCCCGAUGGGCAGCAGUGGCAGCAAGAAUGACGACUCGCCGCAACCCCGCCUAGUGGAAAUUCAAGAACCGGUCGUCGAGACGGCGAGCAAUUCAGGCCGAUCGUCAACUGAACCCUGGCAAUCGUCUGGGCCCCGCUUCACCGCCCUGUCAACGGACGAGGACGGCGUAUCUCCACAGACGGCGACGCCUUCCCGCUCCACCUCGGUGGGUAAGCUGGACUUGGGAUAUGAUGGGGAAGCGCGGGCGAAUGGUGGAUCUGUCAGAGGGGGGUCGGCAACACCGGUGAACGCGGGGAAUGUCAACAUGGGGCAUCCUAACGCAAUGGGCCACCAGCAGCACACAGUCGCGCCGUAUACCUCAGGCCACGUGCUUGAGGGUGCCGACCCGUCUGGCCUCAACCUCGACCCGAACCUCCUGCAGACUACGAUAGGCUCGCUGUUGCAGUCGCCCGCGGCCGCGCAGAUGUUCCUCAACAGCCUCAGUCACAGCGUCCAGGGCCAGAGCCUCUCCACGCCAGCCAAGGUGCCGCCGUCGCCUCCGGUCGCUGGACCAAACGUCAACGACCCGACGCUCGCGCUGUUUUCGCCUCUGCCGCCCGAGCUCGUCAACAACACGAACAACCUUCUCGGCGCGUACCAGAAGGCGACGGGUGUCGGCGGCGACGUUGAGAAAUUGCAGGACAGCAUCGACAGCCUUGUGCGCAGCAUGGGCCUCGACCUGCCCAGCGGCAGCGCGAACGGAACCUGUACAAACGGCGCCGACUCAGGAUUCCACCAGGACACGUCGCUUCCGUCGGAGGGGACGUUUGACGGCGGGGGCUUUAAUGUCGACGAGCUGCUGGACCAGCUGACCAACAACAACCACCACGAGGGCGAGAACAUGUAG